GUAAUUAUUUCGUCGUCGACAUUUGUUCUUAUAAAAAUUUAAAAUAAUCUGUUCUAAAUCGUAUUUAUAACGUUAUAAUUUUGUGGUCCACAUUAUCUGCGAUAGUUUUGUGUUAAGAAGAUCGUCUUGAGAGAGAUAGACGUGAUUGCGUUGUUGAUAAUGUUGAUGGUGUUCAAAAAUACAUAGACUGUGGACACACAAUGGAUGCGCGGACUUUAUGACAAAAUCAGCAUAUUGAAGUCUUCCACUAGUUCUAAAGUUUGCCCGCCUGCCCACCUGCCCACCUGCCCGACUGUCUGUGCCAGCGUCUGCACUGCACUACACAGGUUCCGCAAUCUACCGCACUGCGAGACAACCGCAAAUCUGCCCCGAUAUAUGGACUGCUUGCACUCCUUCUACGCAGAUAACUUUGUAAAGUAGGGGUGGUUGAUGCCCCACGCGGCGCCAGCGACCGCCAUGUCGGCCCCGCCGCGACACCCGCACUUCUACACCGUCGAGGUGGGCGACACGCGCUUUACCAUCCUCAAGCGCUACCAGAACCUCAAGCCCAUCGGCUCCGGCGCGCAAGGGAUCGUAUGCGCUGCAUACGACACUGUGACACAGCAGAACGUGGCCAUCAAGAAGCUGUCGCGUCCAUUCCAGAAUGUGACGCACGCGAAGCGCGCGUAUAGAGAAUUCAAGCUUAUGAAACUUGUCAAUCAUAAGAAUAUCAUCGGUCUGCUGAAUGCGUUCACGCCUCAGCGCAGCUUGGAGGAAUUCCAGGAUGUGUACCUGGUGAUGGAGCUGAUGGACGCCAACCUGUGUCAAGUCAUCCAGAUGGAUCUGGACCACGAGCGCAUGAGCUACCUGCUCUACCAGAUGCUCUGCGGCAUCAAACAUCUCCAUCUCGCAGGCAUCAUACACAGGGACUUGAAGCCGUCGAACAUUGUGGUGAAGAGUGACUGCACUCUGAAGAUCCUGGACUUCGGUCUGGCUCGUACUGCUGGCACCACCUUCAUGAUGACACCAUACGUUGUCACCAGAUACUACCGCGCUCCAGAGGUGAUCCUGGGCAUGGGGUACACAGAGAAUGUGGACAUCUGGUCUGUGGGCUGCAUCAUGGGAGAGAUGAUCCGCGGCGGAGUUCUCUUCCCCGGCACUGAUCACAUCGACCAGUGGAACAAGAUCAUUGAGCAACUGGGCACGCCCUCGGCGGCGUUCAUGGCGCGGCUCCAGCCCACUGUACGCAACUACGUAGAGAACAGGCCGCGCUAUGCCGGAUACAGCUUCGAGCGGCUCUUCCCCGACAUACUCUUCCCCAGCGACUCCAACGAGCACAACCGCCUCAAGGCGUCGCAGGCGCGUGACUUGCUGUCUCGUAUGUUGGUGAUCGACCCCGAGCGUCGCAUCUCUGUGGACGAGGCGCUGCUCCAUCCAUACAUCAACGUAUGGUACGACGAGGGCGAGGUCAAUGCGCCGGCGCCGGCGUCGUACGACCACUCUGUGGACGAGCGCGAGCACACGGUGGAGCAAUGGAAGCAGCUCAUCUACCAGGAGGUGGUGGAGUACGCCGCCCCGCCCCCCGCGCCCGCGCACCCGCCGCCCCCAGACCACGCCCAGCCCGCCCUCACCACAUAGGUAUCAGCCGAGCUGACCGCCGAGUUGUAAAGUGCUCGGGGCGUGGCCACCACGUGUCGGGGGCGUGGCCAACGCGUCUCG